GUCCGGCAGCUGCAGCAGCAGCAACAGCAGCAACGGUGGAGGCUCUCCUUGUGGGCAUCGCGCCACACUGCCGGCCUUCUCCAACUUUUUUUUAAAAAAAAUUCUAAUUUAAUUUAUUCCAAAGCGAAAAAUGCAACGCUGCGCCAAGUCGUGGGCCAUCAUCUCGGCCAAAGCGGCGGGGGCGUUGGGGGCGCCGAACCGGACGUGCGCGGUCGCCGGCACCCGCGAGUGGUGGAGAGCCGCCGGGUGCCGGAGCUCCGGGCCGGGGGCGUCCCUAGCAACGCGGGGCGUUCGGACCUCGGCGGUCGGGUGCUCCCGGCGCAUCGAGGAGAUCCUGCCUCGGCACGACGACUUCGCCGAGCGGCACAUCGGGCCAGGUGAACGCGAGAAGCGCGACAUGCUGGACGCGCUGGGACUGGAGUCCAUCGAACAGCUGAUUGAGAACACCGUGCCAUCGUCCAUCCGCAUGAGGCAGAGCAUGAAGCUGGACGACCCCGUGUGUGAGAACGAAGUGCUGGAGUCGCUGCACAAGAUUGCGUCUAAGAACAAAGUUUGGCGUUCCUACAUCGGCAUGGGUUACUACAACUGCUCUGUGCCACCACCCAUUCAGAGGAAUCUCCUGGAGAAUGCAGGCUGGGUGACUCAGUACACACCUUACCAGCCUGAGGUGUCCCAAGGCCGCCUGGAAUCUCUCCUUAACUACCAGACCAUGAUCUGCGACAUCACAGGCCUUCCUAUGGCCAAUGCCUCGCUGCUAGACGAGGGCACGGCUGCCGCCGAAGCCAUGCAGCUCUGCCACAGACAGAACAAAAGAAGAGUCUUCUACAUCGACCCUCGCUGUCACCCUCAGACCAUUGCGGUGGUGCAGACUAGAGCCAACUACAUCGGUGUGAGUACUAUACUGAAGCCACCCCAUGAGAUGGACUUCAGCAAGAAAGACAUCAGCGGUGUUCUGUUCCAGUACCCGGACACUGACGGCAGGGUGGAGGACUUCACGGCCCUUGUGGAUCGGGCCCACAAGGGAGGGGCCCUGGCUUGUUGCGCGACAGAUCUGCUGGCACUGUGCAUACUGCGUCCCCCCGGGGAGUUCGGGGUGGACAUUGCGCUUGGAAGCUCCCAAAGGUUUGGCGUACCUCUUUGCUACGGGGGUCCUCACGCUGCCUUCUUUUCUGUCAAAGAAAACCUGGUUCGAAUGAUGCCCGGCAGGAUGGUCGGCGUCACCAGGGAUGCUGCAGGAAAGGAAGUAUUUCGGCUUGCACUUCAGACCAGGGAGCAGCACAUCCGCAGAGACAAAGCCACUAGCAACAUCUGCACAGCUCAGGCCCUGCUGGCGAAUAUGGCCGCCAUGUUCGCACUGUACCACGGCCCACAAGGACUCAAACACAUUGCCGAGAGGACGCACAACGCCACUCUUCUACUCGCCGAGGGUCUGAAGAGAGCAGGACACCGCCUGCACAGCGAGAUGUUCUUUGACACACUGAAGAUCACCUGUGGCGUGGCAGCCAAGGACAUCCUGGAGAGAGCUGCGCAGAGGAGUAUCAACCUCAGGGUCUACGCUGAUGGAGUGUUAGGUGUAUCACUGGAUGAGACUGUGACGGAAAGAGACCUGGACGACUUGCUCUGGGUCUUUGGCUGUGAAUCCUCUGCUGAGCUGAUAGCCGAGAAGAUGGUCGAGCGGAUGAAGGGAAUAAUGGGAAGUCCUUUCAAGAGGACCAGCAAGUAUCUGGCGCACCAGGUCUUUAACAGUUACCACUCAGAGACAAACAUUGUACGUUAUAUGAAGCGCUUGGAAAACAAAGACAUCUCCCUGGUGCACAGCAUGAUCCCACUGGGUUCCUGCACCAUGAAGCUGAAUAGCUCUUCGGAGCUAAUGCCAAUCACCUGGAGGGAGUUUGCCAACAUUCACCCAUUCGUGCCUCUGGAGCAGGCCGAAGGCUACCAGAAGCUCUUCAAGCAGCUGGAAAAGGACCUCUGUGAGGUGACAGGAUACGACAAGAUCUCCUUCCAGCCAAACAGUGGCGCUCAGGGAGAAUAUGCUGGGCUGGCAGCCAUUAAGGCCUACCUCAAUUCAAAGGGGGAGAACUCAAGAAGCGUAUGUUUGAUCCCCAAGUCUGCACACGGCACAAACCCGGCCAGCGCUCAGAUGGCGGGCAUGAAGGUGCAAGUGGUGGAGGUGGAUAAAGACGGCAACAUCGACCUGGUCCACCUCAAGGCCCUGGUCGAUAAGCACAAGGCUAACCUGGCGGCCAUGAUGAUCACGUACCCGUCAACGUUCGGUGUGUUUGAGGAGCAAAUCCAGGAUGUGUGCGACCUCAUCCACCAGAAUGGGGGCCAGGUCUACCUGGAUGGUGCCAACAUGAACGCCCAGGUGGGUCUGUGUCGUCCUGGAGAUUAUGGCUCCGAUGUGUCUCACCUGAACCUGCACAAAACCUUCUGCAUCCCUCACGGAGGCGGCGGACCUGGCAUGGGCCCCAUCGGAGUGAAAGCCCACCUGGCACCAUUCCUGCCAAGCCACCCGGUGGUCUCCAUGAGCUCGGUCAACAGCGGCAGCUCUCUGGGCACCAUCAGCGCCGCGCCGUGGGGAUCCAGCGCCAUCCUGCCCAUCUCCUGGGCCUACAUUAAGAUGAUGGGUGCCAAGGGCUUGGUUCAUGCCACAGAGAUUGCCAUCCUCAACGCCAACUACAUGGCCAAGCGGCUGGAAGGCCCCUACAAGAUCCUCUACAGAGGGUCGAAAGGCUUCGUGGCGCACGAGUUCAUUUUGGAUGUGAGGCCCUUCAAGAAGACUGCCAACGUGGAGGCUGUGGACGUGGCCAAGAGGCUCCAAGAUUACGGGUUCCACGCGCCUACCAUGUCGUGGCCCGUCUCGGGAACGCUGAUGAUCGAGCCCACCGAGUCGGAGGACAAAGCGGAGAUGGACCGCUUCUGCGACGCCCUGCUCGGCAUCCGGCAGGAGAUCGCCGACAUCGAGGAGGGCAGGAUGGACUCUCGCGUCAAUCCGCUCAAGAUGUCUCCUCACUCAUUGGCUUGCGUCUCCUCCUCCACUUGGGACCGACCUUACUCCAGAGAGUUUGCCGCCUUCCCCUUGCCCUUCAUUCGUCCCGAGACCAAAUUCUGGCCGAGUAUCUCACGGAUCGACGACAUUUACGGCGAUCAACACCUGGUGUGCACCUGCCCCCCCAUGGAGGUCUACGAGUCCCCCUACGAGGCGAAGCGGGCCUCCUCCUAAAGCCUUUCUCUCCUUUUGGCUCUGACCCAACGUCCACCCCUGAGCCUUUGAUGCACCUCGCCAUGAUAGGAAAACCCCUAAGAGGAACUGUUGGGGGAGGGGGGGGGGUCCACAAAUAAUCACAAUAAUACAAAGUUGUUGCAUAUUAAGCAGGACCGCACCGCAUUGGGACUGAGCCUACCUGAAUUACCCCCGACCCCGCCAUUUCCAUUCGUAACAAAUCUGGGUUCUUUGCAACUCUUUCAAUGGACCAAAGGUGCAACUUUUGCCUUUUAAAAAAAAACAAAAAAAACAAUACAAUUGCAUCCCGUCACAACUUUACAAUACUUCUCAAAAACAAAAAUUCCUUGUGCCUCUAUUGUUGCUGCCUUGAUGUUCCCUUGUUUUUUUUUCUUCUUAAAUAAUAUUCUUGUAGCCUUGUUAAUGUUAUUUUAUAGUCUCAGUUUUAAAAAUCCGUCCCCCCACCAUUGUGUUUUCUUGAGUGGAUGUUAGUUUGUUCUUCAUAUUUACAGCUCAGAAUGACCAAGUAGUAUAUUUUACUCUAAUUUAACUGGACUCCAACCAUGUGCUCCAUGGUUACUUUCUUACUAAUGCAUUUUUUUUUUUUUUUUUUGCUAAGAAGACCAAAUAAUUAAAUGAGACUCAUGUUUAGGUGGUA